AUGACGACGCCACCGCCGACAACGUGCAAGGCAUUGGUAAAAGAUUAUUGCGAAAACACUACAUUUGCUGGAGUUCACUUCAUCGCUGACGAUACGAAACAUUGGUUUGAGAGAUGGUUCUGGUUGGCUCUAGUGAUUCUCUCAUGGUAUGGUUCGGCCAUCCUGAUAAUAGCGGCAUGGGAUGCGUUUCGGGAGAGCCCCAUCAGCUUCGGCUUGGAGACCACGUACACCAAGUGGGACACGGCACUGCCCUCGGUUGCUGUGUGUGAGGCCGCUAAUGAUGAUAAACUUUACAGCGUGUGUGACGCUAUUUGGCCUCCGGGCCACCUUUUGGAUCUGGAAGACACCUUAAAGGAGAUCACCUACUUCCGAGGAAUUUCUUACAGUCUCACUGAAGUCUGCGCUAUCGACAAGCCUGACCCUGGCUGUCUUCUGUCAAAUUACAGUUACUUCGCCAGUCUGACACGCAGUGCAUGCCCAGAAAUCAUAGUAAACUGUUCUUACAACGACGAGCCUUUCAACUGUUGCAAAUACUUCCAGCCCAUAGAAACUGACGUGGGAACCUGCUUCAUCAUUAAUUCUAUUCAAACUGAGAAACCAAACCCACUAGCGAUGAUAAGCAAUAUGAAAAAUAAACGAUCAAGCAUCAAGUUUGAACUGUUAUUGCAAUCAACGAUGUACACAUUGGGGAAUGAUGAGGUCCCAAGCAUUACCACAUUACAAUCAUCAACUAUGAAGAUACAACUCGGACAUAAAUAUACUCGUCAAGUCGCGGUGCGUGAUAUCGAGAACGACCCACUUAUUGUAGAGACGACCACGGAGCAGCGAGCCUGUAGGUUCCAUGAAGAAAACGAGGACGGCCUGUACCCGCACUAUUCCUACAGUGCCUGCACUGUGCUGUGUCGCAAACGGGCGCAGAUGGAUAUCUGUAAAUGCAACGACCAUUUUAUGCUUGGCACGCCCGAAUCCGAUCGCUGCAAUAUAUCGGGUCUCGCAUGCAUCCAUUCUCACGCCAAUUUUCUGACCACCCUCAAACCGCACUGGGCCACACGACCGGGACUCUCUUGUGACUGCCUCCCAUCUUGUGAUGAGACGGAGAUCACAAUCAUCAAAGAUGUUGACAUUUCACAGCGAUCGAAGAAGGACAAGAAAAAAGCAACAGUAGAAAUGGUGUUAGCUUACAUGCCCACUGAAAGAUACAAACGAAACGUCGUAAGAAGUCGCCUUGACCUCGUCGUCUCUGUUGGCGGAACAACAGGGCUAUUCGUCGGAGCCAGCAUCAUAAGCUUCGUAGAACUGAUCUGGUAUUUCACCAUUCGCUUCUGCAUAAACAUCUGGCUAGAGCGGCGGGCAAGACGAACCACUGCCGUGUUGCCGCAAGACACAGAAAUAUUGCGGAUUGCGAAUAGAGAGCAGAGUGAUGACCAACGUCCGUACACUAGCAGUGGGGUCCCGCAGUCCCAAGUGGAGUAUGACAAAUUUUAUUCGCAAUCAAUUAAUAAAUAAUGCUAUAAAAUAAACCUGACCAGACUAAAAUAGUAGAAAUAAAAA